CGGCAGCUGCCUCCACGAGCGCACUAACAGCACCGCGAGUCCCAAGGAUUCAUGACUAUAAAUAGUUAUUACAGAAAACAAUUAGAUUUAUUUGACUAAGAUUCUUGUGAUGAUAAAGUGGAGUUCUGAAUGUUUUUUUGGCAAUCUAAGGACUUACUUUUUUUCCGCAAUUCAAUGCAAAAGCUUGUGGUCUGAACUAGUGACUUUAUUACGCAUGUGCCCUGAGCACAAAUAAUUGGCUUGUUUGGUUUUGAACAGACACUUUUUUCUUUAAAUAGCGUACUUUAUUCUCUAAAAUUGGCUCCUGUACAAACAGCCGCGUUGGAUCCGUCGGCUUAUUGCGAGACUCCGGUAUACAAUCCGGAUCUCUGCCCAAACAUGAUAGCCGCUCAGGCGAAGUUGGUGUAUCACCUCAACAAAUAUUACAACGAGAAAUGCCAAUCUCGAAAAGGGGCAAUCUCCAAGACCAUCCGGGAGGUGUGCAAGGUAGUAUCGGAUGUCCUCAAGGAAGUGGAGGUGCAAGAGCCCCGUUUCAUCAGCUCGCUGAACGAAAUGGAGAACCGAUUUGAGGGACUUGAGGUCAUUUCACCGACUGAAUUUGAAGUGGUACUCUAUCUGAAUCAGAUGGGUGUUUUCAACUUCGUUGACGACGGUUCUCUCCCAGGUUGUGCCGUGCUCAAGCUCAGCGAUGGCCGAAAGAGAAGCAUGUCACUAUGGGUCGAAUUUAUCACAGCGUCCGGCUACCUCUCGGCUCGCAAGAUCCGGUCGAGAUUUCAAACACUGGUGGCACAGGCAGUGGAUAAGUGCAGCUAUAGAGAUGUUGUCAAAAUGGUCGCUGACACAAGCGAGGUUAAGUUACGCAUUAGAGACAGAUACGUCGUGCAAAUCACCCCUGCGUUCAAGUGCACUGGUAUAUGGCCACGAAGCGCGGCACAUUGGCCUCUCCCUCACAUCCCCUGGCCAGGACCUAACCGCGUGGCUGAAGUUAAAGCCGAGGGUUUCAACCUUUUAUCCAAAGAGUGUUACUCGUUAAAUGGAAAACAGAGCUCCGCAGAGAGCGACGCCUGGGUCCUGCAAUUCGCCGAAGCCGAAAACCGACUGCUUCUGGGAGGAUGCAGGAAGAAAUGUCUGUCGGUCCUCAAAACAUUGCGGGACCGUCACCUUGAACUACCAGGGCAACCCUUGAACAACUACCACAUGAAAACUUUGAUUUCAUAUGAGUGUGAGAAACAUCCUAGAGAAUCUGACUGGGAUGAAAACAACCUUGGAGAUCGUUUGAAUGGAAUUCUAUUGCAGCUUAUUUCGUGUUUGCAGUGCAGGAGAUGUCCUCAUUAUUUUCUGCCAAAUUUAGACCUGUUUCAAGGGAAGCCACAUUCGGCCCUUGAGAACGCAGCGAAACAGACUUGGCGUUUGGCAAGAGAAAUUCUUACCAACCCCAAAAGCUUGGAGAAACUCUGAGGUAAAAUGUAUGCUACUGCACCUUUUCAACCGUAAUAGGCUACAGACUGAGGCCUAUUAUGCUAAUCAGGAGCUACAUGGACAUAUAUGAUCACUGAGGUUAAAUAUUGGUCCAUGAUCUUGUAAAUGUGACUAUCCUCCGUUGAUGAAGACGCUAAUAGGCACAUUUUUGCCUUUAUUGACAUUAUUCUCUAUUAUUAUGUGACGAUUAUUUAGAAGCAAAGUGUAGCCUACCAUUAAUCAAAUAUCAAGGUUAAAUGUGGACAGUGUUUUAUUUCUUUUUACCCGGUGCGCCACAGUAAUCGAAAUCGUUUAUUUGCUUUACAUGGUUAUAAAGCCGUUGAAAAGCCUUGAUAAAAUAACUGUAGGCCACAUUUAAACUGUAAAUACAUUCAUAGAUUGUGAUUACAGUGGUCUGAAAUUGUGAAUGUUGUUCUGUGACACGUAAAUAGGAGUUCAAUUCCACCUGUUAAACUGUAAGCCUGAACUUUUGAUCAGUUCUUAAUUUAUACUUCCAUUAGUGAUAGCCUGAUUCAUACUUUGUCAAAGGAAAUUUCCUACUUCUGAAAGUUUACAUUUUUAUGGUAGGCCUACUAUUUGUUAUACAUUUUAAACAUUCCAUACAUUUACUUGAAUUCUUAUUUAAAGUAAAAGUCUACGCGAUCAUUUUGUUUGUAUUUUGCCUAGGCUUCAUGAAAAAGACGGACAAAAUAAAUUAUAUAUAAAUACAGUCUAAUUGAAACAAAUGCACUUGAAAUACACUGGAUUAUAACAUAGCCUAUGUAAAAUGAUUUUCUAUACAUGUCUCUGAAUUAAUUUAAAGAGCUAAUAAAACAUGCUGAUACA